AAUUUAUUCUCCUUUUAUUUUUCUCAAUGAGUUUGGGAGGGGUGGAAUGCGUGCGUACGUUUUAAGACGGACUUAUGUAAAACGUAUUUGUCAUUUUUAGUUAAGUGCUUUAACAAAAAUGUGUGCAGUGUUUUUUGUAAACUAUUACAGCGGUGCAAUAUACGCGUGUUGAUUUCUUUCUCGUGAGUGUCGCUAAUCAUGCAAAAUGGCCAACGAUUUGUGGUCAUGUUCCUGUUGUACAGAGGCUCUGACUUGUUGGCUGCGCCUAAAGCUAUCUCCAGAGGAGAUAGAGCAGCGGUACAGAAGCAAAGAGAUCGACAGAAUACUUGAGAAAGACAAACAAACACUUCGGCGACAGGUCAAACUUUUGCUACUUGGUGCGGGUGAAAGCGGAAAAUCGACAUUCCUGAAACAGAUGAAAAUAAUACAUAAAGUAAAGUUUGAACCGGAACUAGUGCGCGAGUAUCAGCAUGUGAUAUAUCAGAACAUUGUUAAGGGCAUUCAAGUGUUAGUUGAUGCGAGGGAUAAGCUUGCUAUUCCUUGGGAAAACCCGCGGAAUUUGGACAUUGGUCAGCAGGCACUGUACUUUAACAGUUCAGUAUCACUUGAUAGCCGACUGUUCAUGCAUUAUGCACCUCAUAUACAUUCCCUGUGGUUAGACAGGGCCAUAAAGAGAGCCUAUGAUAGACGGAGAGAAUUUCAAUUGAGCGACUCAGUAAGUUACUUCUUUGACGAGCUGGAGAGGAUCGCGCGCUCGGACUACAUCCCCUCCCAUCAGGAUAUUCUGCAUUGUCGGAAAGCCACCAAGGGAAUAACAGAGUGUCCCAUCCUCAUUAACAACGUGCCAUUUGUCUUCGUCGACGUCGGCGGUCAGAGGACGCAGCGACAGAAGUGGACACAAUGUUUCGACUCUGUUACUUCGAUACUAUUUCUAGUAUCGUCGUCCGAGUUUGAUCAAGUUCUGUCUGAAGACAGAAAAACAAAUCGUCUGGAAGAGUCGCUGAAUAUCUUCGACACCAUCGUGAACAACGUUAACUUCAAAGGUAUCUCCAUCAUCCUCUUCCUCAACAAGUCAGAUCUGCUUGCGCGGAAGGUCGCGAGUAAAGAAACGGAUAUCCGCUGGUAUUUCCCGCAUUAUACGGGUGAUCCGCACAAUGCACGGGAAGUCCAAAUGUUCAUACUAAACAUGUUCGCAAAUGUCCGAAGGGAACCAAAGACAACACUCUACCACCACUUCACAACUGCCAUAGACACGCACAAUAUAGAAGUCGUCUUUAACUCCGUGAAAGACACGAUAUUAAAUCGAAAUCUUGAAUCGUUAAUGUUACAAUGAAGUAACAUUUAUUGUAGACUAUAUGUGAUACGAAUGACUGAUGCGAUUUUUUUCAGGUUUACUCUUGAAACUGGACAAGGGAAAAUCGUAUUUUAAUUUUCAUUUAUAGUUUCUACGUGCACUCAGUUGUAUAACUAGUUUCCCAAUAAACUCUUAAAGUAAAUUUAGCUCUUAUUCAAAAAUAUAUGAAAAAAUAAUUAAAGUAAAUCUACACGUCCCUUGCUGUCGAAUUGUUUAUAAGCUGUGGUAAAAAGGUACAGAUUAUUUCAUUUAAAACAAUGCAAUUAGACUUAGUUUUUAUGAAUAAGAUGGUUAACCUAGCACAAUUGUGAAUUUUCUAAAGGCCCAUUCCAAAUGUACCUGAAAUGACAAUCUGGUUUCUUGUCAAAGUCCAUAGAGAAUAGUUUGACAGUUCUUAAGAGAUUUGUCUAUGAGUUUUUCAAUACUUGUCCAAAUGAGGUUUCAAGAUUAGACCAGUUGUUUGUUUAAUCUGUUGUAUCUAGAGUAAAAGACAAAGUAUGAGGCAAAGGCCUACAUUUGUAGUAUGCUGUAUAGUAUAUCAUAUUGUAAUGAUAAAUUUGUAUAUCAGUAUAUUUAUGACCAAAAAUAGAUUUUGCACUUGAAUAUAACAAUUUUGGAUAAAUUUAUAUAUAUGCGCUUUGUACACGUUUUAAAGGUUGAAAGGUAAAUUGUCUCUCUCUGGCAUUGAAAGAUAGAAAGAGAUAGAGCUUGUGAAGCGAGAUAAUUGUAGGUGAUUUCAGCAUUUACUAUUUCCCUUAGAACUGCCAAUUGAGAAUAUCUAAGUACUGUGCCAAGGUGUAGGAAGAUCAGCUUAUUGGAGAUGUGUUAAGAAUAAAUAAUCAUGCUUGUAAAAAAACAGUAGAAUUUGCAUGGUUUCAAUUAUCUAAGUAUAGUCCAAAUUUGUAAUUAAAAUGGCAUGAUUUUAAUCAAGGAUCAUAUUUUAAAACAUUCUUCUCCCUCGAGCGCUGUUAAAUGUCAGACACCUUAUUUAUACAAAUAAAUUCAUUGAAAAUUGUAGUCUUUCGUCUCUCUCACUUCAAUUGUGUUUACCAUGUGAUGAAAAGAGACAGAUGCCUUUACUUUAAAUGCUGCAUGUUGAGUAGAUUGAUUUAUUUGUUUGUUUGGCAGAUCUUCGAUUCGAUUUUUGUUUUAGAAUAUGGUCCUAUGAUUAAAAAUAGAUCAAAAUAGCCGUAUUUUAAGAUGAGGUCGGAAUGCAGAAAUGUGUCAAAAACCCAGCUGAUGUUCACAUAUACUAUUGCUCAUACACAAUAUUAGCAAGACUUGUAUCCCAUUAGGGGAGUAAAGAUAGAAUAGUCUGUGAUUGGAAUUUUAUUAAGGCUGUAAACAGCAACGAACGCUGUAUGGGCACCAAAUUAGAUUAGAAAUAAUUUAAACACGCGGGUCCUAAUGUAAUUCCAAAAUAGAGUCCAUGUUUUGACAGAUUAAAAAUGUUGAUAUUUAAAAACGUUCGCGAUGUAGUUUCCUUGUGAUUUAAGCCAUGUUGCCUCAGUAUAAGUGGCACGCUAAUUCACAUGUGUCAAAAUUUUAUCACAAUUUGAUGGGGGAAGGAUAAUUGUCAUUUAAAUAUUUUAUAAUUCAAUAACUUGAAAACAACCUCUUGAAGUCUUUUUUAAAUGAGUGACUUAGUUCGCACUUAAACAUGUUUAAUGUAAAAUAUUGGAAUAAUAAAUUAAAAUGAAAUCACUAACUUUGACAGUCGUGAUUGACAAUAUUUUUUACAUUACAUUUCCCGGCAAGGUUGACCCGGAAUUUGUUUGGAAACGGCAUUAGUUGUUUGAUCACGUGAUCGUUUAGGCGCGAGACAAAAUCGCUCGGCGUUAGUGGGCCACGACUGUUGAAAAGUGAUUUUGUCUCGAGCCCCAUUAUAACGAUACCAUGUCAUGCCUACUGCUAAAUCCUUUUGUCUAUGGCCCUGAUGUGCAUAGCGUUUAGCUAAAACAUGAGAUGGAAUUUGGAAUUCAAAUUGAUUGUGUCAAAUUGACAUUUAUAAUCAACAUUUUUAGAAUGUCAAAUUAAACGUAAACUGCUCAGUAAUAGUCUUGCAUGGAAUUAGCAACGCUUUUGUAAAACAAUUUAGAUUUUUAUACCAUUUUUAAAAUGUAGUUGAAUUAGAUGUACGAUAUAGCAUUGUACUUUUUUAACAUCAAUAUUACAUAAUUGUUGAAUGGGAUAUCACGAAUCAUAAUGAAUUUAAAUAAAUAAUCCAGCGUUAUCAUUUUUCUCUACUAUAAAAAACUAAGAAAAUGAAUUGGUUUUUCUCCUUUGAUUUUUUCUUAACUGUUUUAUUUAUUAGGAAAAAAUACUUAUGGAACUUGUAAUAUUUUUAAUUUACGGUUUUGUUUAUAAUGAAAUAAUGAUAAUGUUAGAGAUAUUUAAAUAAAUAAUAUCAUCAUACAAAUUCCGUCCCUUCGCACAGAUGUAACAUGUAAUCUCAAAGCUUUUUAUAUUUUUACGGUUUUAGCAAAGGGCACAAACUAUGGUAACUCAAAUGACAAUCGAAAUUGUUUGUUCUUGUCUCUCAUAUUGUGUAUGAAAGAGCAAGCAACACAAACUGGAAAUUUUUAGGGCACUUGUUUUAAAGUCAUUAGACCAUUUUUUAGUAUCUUUUAUAUUGUUCGACGUAUGCUUGCUUCUAAUCUAAAUAACAUUGUUUGUUCAACAAGUAAGGCCUAAAAUUCGUUCCGGUAAUUUUGAUUGUCAAUUGUCUAUCCUGUCAGAAUCUUCAUUUUAAGUACAUAAAUCAUAAUAAUUAUACUCAUUUAGUGAAUAGUUUUCAUAAGCUUUAGUAUUUUUAUUUUGUGUUAAGUUGGGUACAAUCAUUGUGGUUAGCUAUAGUUUCUAUUUAUUGUGUAAAUUUUUAUAUAGAUUUUUUUAUUCGAGGCUAUUAUGUAAAUACCUCUUAAUAAAUUUCUUUAUUUUUAGAUGGUAUCAAUUUUGCGGCCCGAUUUUGGUGGGGGUUAAGUGAUAAUUUUGCAUUUAAAGUGCCAUUCUUCAAUGGCACACUGGAAUACAGUGUGGCCAAUACCUAACGUCCGUAGAGGGCUGGAAGUAAACAUGUACUUUACGGACUUUUAUUGGAAAUAGAACGAAUGAGGAACAAACAAUUGCAACUGACAAUGAAAGGUCAAAAAUGGCUGUGUAAAACAAAAGACGAGUGAUCGCUCGUUGUUUUUUUUUAUUGUAACUUGUCUAAGAGAAAAACGAAUCACGCAAGUCUGUUAUUGUAUAAUAAUAUAAAAAAGCUGAAAUAUUUAAUUUUAUAAGUACAUUUAUAAUACAAAUUUUUAUUGCCUUCAUGCGAAAUGUUUGUAAGACUAACUGUUGGUUUUGAUAAUGAAAUAUACAAGUCAUAAAAAUAAAGUGGUAUCUUUAGCAGAACAUUUAAAGGCACAAAGAGAAUAGACACAAAUAACCAACAUUGUCAGUUGCUCACGUAACCAUUGAACAUAUAUUAAAUGUGAUAAAAUCUGUUUACAUGAAAUGUUAAAUCCCCCAAAGCAACGAUGAAAUCGUGAAUGGGUAUUUUAUAGUUGUUUAUUGCAGUAAGCUGUUAUGAUUAAUAAACCCAAAUAUCAACCAAUACAAUAAAUUUAUAUGCGCGCCAUCUACAUUUAACCAGACAGAAACAGAAUCGUACUAGGGACAGGAAGUUUGCGUUACAAAUUGAUUUCAGCAAUGUAUUAAGAUGAUAUAUGUCUUCCUGUUCUUAUAGUUUUGUUUUCGUAAUUGAUUGAUGUAUGUAUUUUUUCGUGUGUCAAAUGUCAAAAUGAAAUUAUUUAAUCGAAGAGUCGAUCUGCAAUAAAUGUCUUCAGUACCUGAGAGGUGAUUAUUUAUUAAGGAAUUAAAUUAUUUGUCUCAAAUGCUUUUUAUAGUGGGUUCCGGAUUGGAACUCCGAUUUUAUUUUUCUUCUUAAGAGGGGUUCAUUUUUACUACGAAAUUGCCGAAAUUUACUGCGAAUUUUACUACUGAAAUUUUAAAGUCAUAUGGCCUUAAUUUAAAAAAUGUAAUUUGCCCUAUUAAUGAUUUUGGUAUUAGUAAAAACCUAUGUAAAAUAUUAUGUAAAUUAUAAAAGGUAGGAUAUACAACCUCCCGAGGCUGAUUGCUAAAUAGUUAUAUGUUACGAAUUUUAAGUAUGUUAGCGGUUUACACUCAUGUUAAUGUAUGCUAGUGUUGACAAUAUCUUUUGGAAUUCCUCUAUAUUUUGUAUACACCCCAAAUUUAAUGUACAGUGUAAUAAAUACCAUGCAUGAUUUAAA